ACCUGAAAGAAGAUCGUCGGAGAGCCUUCCAGCUAGCACCUCACCGGCCACCACCUACCUUCACGUCCGGUUUUCGGUUGCUAAAGAACAAAAACAAAAAGGAUUAUUGUUGUUCUUACAAGUGUCUCUAAGAAUAGAAUGGGUACCCUUGCAUUUGAUGAGGAUUUCAUGCCAAUGGGUGUUGCCGCACCGGAAGCUCUGCUCCCAUUCUUUGUGCACAAUGGGAGUUUCAAGAAUGGAGAUUUCUUGGAGAACAAGAAAAUGAAAAUGGCUGCUCCGCCGCCGGCGAGGAAGAACAUGCAUAUCACGGUGACGGAGCCGCGGUCCAAAGACGACGAGGCUCGCCUGAAAUGCAUUCUGGGAAAAUAUCUCGACACCAUUUCUCAGCGAAUUAAUUACCACAUAGGCUACCCGGUGAACAUAGUGUAUGAUCACUAUGCAACUUUGGCACCAUUAAUGCGUUACCAUUUGAACAACUGUGGUGAUCCAUUCAUGGAGAACACUGUGGAUUUCCAUUCCAAAGAUUUUGAAGUUGGGGUUUUGGAUUGGUUUGCUGAGCUAUGGGAGAUUGAGAAGGAUGACUAUUGGGGUUACAUUACAAAUGGUGGCACCGAAGGCAAUCUUCACGGGAUUUUGUUAGGGAGAGAGGUACAUCCCGAGGGAAUACUCUAUGCAUCUAAGGAAUCACACUACUCGGUGUUCAAGGCUGCAAGGAUGUAUAGAAUGGAAGUGGAAGGAAUCAACACAAUGAUCAAUGGAGAAAUGGACUAUGAUGAUUUGAGAUCAAAGUUGCUUCUCAACAAGGGCAAACCCGCCAUCAUCAAUGUCACUAUUGGAACAACCUUCAAAGGGGGCAUGGAUAACCUAGAUGUGAUCAUAAAAACACUGGAAGAAUGUGGGUAUUCGCAGGAUGAAUUCUACAUCCACUGCGACGCAGCGCUGUCGGGUCUCAUCGUCCCAUUCCUCAAAAACGUGCCCAAAAUCAGCUUCAAGAAGCCAAUCGGAAGCGUCACAAUCUCCGGCCACAAGUUCCUAGGAUGUCCCAUGCCAUGCGGCAUCCAAAUGACCAGAAAAUCCCUCAUCCACAACAUCUCCCGGAACGUCGAGUACAUCGCCUCCGUCGACGCCACCAUCUCCGGCAGCCGCAACGGCCUCACCCCCAUCUUCCUCUGGUACAGCCUCAGCACCAAGGGCCGCGCCGGCCUCCGGAAAGACGCCGAGCGCUGCGUGGAAACCGCCAAGCACCUCCGCGACCGCCUCCAGGCUGCCGGCGUCAGCGCCAUGGUCAACGACAACGGCAUCACCGUCGUGUUCGAGCGGCCGCCUGACCGCGAGUUCAUCCGCCGCUGGCAGCUCUCCUGCGUCAGGGACAUGGCCCACGUCAUCGUCAUGCCUGGCGUCGCCACAGAGGCUAUCGAUAACUUUUUCAAUGACCUGGUACAUGAGAGGGCUAACUGGUAUCGAGAAGAGUGGGGCCGUCAACCUCCCUGCCUGGAGGAUGAUCUUGGCUCACAUAAUUGUUACUGUCCCCUUCACAAAGUUUGAUUUUUUGUUUCGUUUUGUUUUGUUUUGUUUUUACUUCUUUUAACCUAUAAAAAGUGUAAUGUGAUUCAACAGGGGACCAAAAAUAAUCUUUCAUUCUAUGAUUCAUCAUACAAAAGUUGUAUCCUAAUUACCCUUGUCAAAUGUGGUGGAGUCAAGUUUUGAAUAUUAAUGGUCUUUUAUG